AACUGUGGUCUACCUCCCUCCUGUAUAAACAAGAACUGACGCCGAGACCUCUUGCCAUGGCCGCACCACCCUCCCUUUCCUGCCUUCUCGAGGAGCCUCGCCGACUGCCGCCACCACCACCACCCCAGGACGGGAUGGAUACAGAGGCGGAGUGGAGGGAUUGGGCGGAGCUGCCACGGGAUGUGUUGCUGGCGGUGCUCAGCAGGCUGGACCACAUCGAGAUCCUCAUGGGGCCGGACAUGGUGUGCAGCCCAUGGCGCAGGGCUGGUACGGACGAGCCCGAGCUGUGGCGCCGCAUCGAUAUGCGCUUUCACUAUGCCGAUGGCUUCUACCUCAACUCGAGGAAAUUGCUUCAGAUGGUGAGAGCUGCCAUGAGGCGUAGUGCGGGUCGGUGCGAGGCCUUCUGGGGCGGGAGCUACGUCACAGAAAGGAUUCUCUCCCUGGUCGGCAACGCGGCGCCAUCCUUGAAGAGCCUUCGACUCAUCGAGUGCCGUGACAUUGUGGACUCGGCCUUCAAGGCGGUGAUCACAAAGUUCCCCAUGCUUGAGGAGUUAGAGAUAUCAAACUGUAUGCACCGCUUCCCAGAAACACUUGAAGUCAUAGGGGAUGCCUGCCCUCUACUGAAGCGCUUUCGACUGAGCCAAAGGUCCUUCUACAGUGAAAUCGUAGAUGACAGCACAGCCAUGGCGAUCGCUAGCAUGUCGGAGUUGCGGUCGUUGCAGCUCACGGCUAAUUCGCUCACCAACAGUGGUUUGGAACUCAUCCUUAAUGGUUGCCCGCUCCUAGAGUCUCUCGACAUCCGGUCUUGUUACCAUAUUUGCAUGGACAAUGAAAUGCAAGCAAAGUGUGCUAGGAUCAAGACUUUGAGGCAUCCUGAAGACUCCAUGGAUGAUUAUGACCUGUCGUUUAAUUAUACAAUUCCCAGACCGUGCUGGUCUGCCGAACCAAUCGAAUACUCUAUGGGAUGUCAAAGUCCUUACUAGUGUUCAUGGUAUGUACCGACAGAACAACCACCCUGCAUUUGCUUUGAGAUUCGUGUAAUUGUGACCCACGGUACAUUUGUAUUUGUUGUAUUCCUUGUGCCUCUCAUAUGUACAUCAAUUUGAAGUUAUUUCAUGAAC